UUUGUUUUGCCACACGAGACUUCACGAAACACGUUUUCGGCCAUUAGUUGUGAGUCCUCGACGCACGACGUCCAAAAGCAGUAAGGCGCAAGUCGCUGAAUCUUCGUGUCCGGUUGAAGUCGUCUCGGUGCAAGUUGAAGCUUGUCGGCCUCGCUUCACUUAGCCUGCUAGCCGCUAACAAAAGCAGCGAUCAAGUGUUGCCAUCGCGAUUGUGAGCAAGAAGACGAACGGGACAUUUGGGGACCGGAAGAGCGACAACGCAGUCUGCGAGAUGCAAAGUGGAAUUGGCUUAUGCGGAGCAGACGUCAGUGAACAUCUUGGUCCCGAGCGACAGGAGCCAAAGUUCCUUCGCAUUAAAGCGGAAAUGGAGGAUAAAGGGCCUCCCCGCAUUAAAGAAGAAGAGGAGUUGGAGCCACCCCACAUCAAAGAGGAGCCAGUGGAGGAGGAGGAGGAGGAGGAUAUCACCACGGCGCCAUCGACUGGUGUCCAUUUGAAGAGUGAAGAUGAUGGUCAAAGUGUGAAGAAAAGAGAGGCGGAGUUUCCAAGAAGCGGCUCAAGUCAACACAUGACAACGGAAAGUGAUGGAGACCACUGUGGAGGAUCACACGCAGACGGCCUCUUCGCUCCACUAUCAGAUAGUGACAACACGUCACACUCGUCGGCCUAUAAUGAUGAUGAUGAUGAUGAUGAUGAUGAUGAAGAUAAAGAAGAGUCGGAAGGUGAUAUGACGUGUCACAUGGACAACAAACGCUGGAAAUGUUUUCAUUGUGGAAAAACCUUUGCUUAUAAGAGCCGUUUGAAACGACACAUGAGAAUACACACUGGGGAAAAACCUUUUGGCUGCACAGUUUGUGGUAAAAAAAUCUCCUCAAAGCAACAUUUAGAAUCACACACAAGAACACACACUGGCGAGAAACCAUUUGUCUGCUCAGUUUGUGGUCAAAGAUUCUCUGAUAAGGGAAACUUGAGAUAUCACACAAAAACACACACUGGAGAGAAACCUUUUGCCUGCUCACAUUGCGGUAAAAGAUUCUCUCAUAAGGGACAUUUAACAACACACACAAGAACCCACACUGGAGAGAAACCCUUUUCCUGCACAGUUUGUGGUCAAAGAUUCUCUGAGAAGGGAACCUUAAAAGGUCACACAAGAACCCACACUGGUGAGAAACCCUUUUCCUGCUCAGUUUGUGGGCAAAGAUUCUCUGAUAAAGGAAACCUCAGAAGACACACAAGAACGCACACUGGAGAGAAACCUUUUUCCUGCUCAGUUUGUGGGCAAAGGUUCGCUCAGAAGACAAACUUAAGAAGUCACCGAAGAAAACACGCUGGAGAGAAACCUUUUUCCUCCUCAGCGAGUGGCCAAAGAUUCUCUCAGAAGUAUAAGGUUAAGACACACCAGCGUGUUGGUGAGAACAGCAGUGAUCAAUGAAGGGUUCGCCUGUAAUCCGAGCCGGCUUCAUCUGUUUAUGAACCAAGGCUAAUUCUAUUCUAUUCUAUUCUAACUUCUUCAAGGCCUCCUGUGGACAAAAGUGUUGAGAAGGAGCACUGAAGCUCAAACACGUCGCAAUACAUCUGGUUUGUCCAAUGUUUUUGUGAUCUGCAUAUCAAAUUAGCAAAUAAUUGAUUGAAAUAAAGAAGAAACGGACACAUGUUGUCAAACUCUGGACAGGUCGUGUUUUGGCAGGUCUGUGGCUUUGACCUUUAGGAGGUUUGUUUUCAUCACGUGAUGUCAUUAUGGC